UACAAACAGUAACGCACACUCGAACAAUGUGUCUUCGUGCGCAGUCAGGGGCACAGAAGGCCGUCUUCCCUUUGCAGGAUAAUCUGAUUAAGCGUCAGCGUUUUGAGGAGACGUACUCGAAAUUAGCAAGAGAUUAUCAACAUGCCCCGUGUCUAUAUUGGCAGGCUGAGCUACCAUGUCCGUGAAAAAGAUAUCCAGAGGUUUUUUAGCGGUUACGGAAAGCUUUUAGAAAUCGAUCUAAAAAAUGGCUACGGCUUCGUGGAGUUCGAGGACACGCGUGACGCUGACGAUGCUGUUUACGAGCUGAACGGGAAGGAGCUUUGCGGAGAGCGCGUGAUCGUGGAGCACGCCAGGGGACCUCGGCGGGACCGGGACGGAUACGGUGGGGCUUUUGGGGGUGGUGGGCGCAGUAGCAGUGGUUACAGCAGCCGCAGUCGCACUGGCAGGGAUAAGUAUGGGCCACCUGUUCGCACUGAGUACCGGCUGAUCGUGGAGAACCUGUCCAGUCGCUGCAGUUGGCAGGACCUCAAGGACUUCAUGCGAAGGGCUGGGGAGGUGACCUAUGCCGAUGCUCACAAGGAGCGCACUAAUGAAGGGGUCAUCGAGUUCCGGUCAUACUCAGACAUGAGGAGAGCACUGGACAAGCUGGAUGGCACUGACAUCAAUGGCCGGAAGAUCCGCCUCGUAGAGGACAAGCCGCGGCGUCGGCGCUCAUACUCUGGCAGCCGCUCCAGGUCUCGCAGCCGUCGCCGCUCACGGAGCAGGAGUCGCCGCAGCAGCCGUUCCCGUAGCAACUCCAGGUCCCGCUCACGAUCUCGUUCCCGCAGCAAGAGGCGCUCCCACUCUAGGUCUGGCCGCAAAUCUCGAUCCAGGUCAAGGCGCAAGUCCCGCUCCAAGUCCCCAGUCCGCAAGUCUCGCUCUCGCUCCCGAACCAGGAAGUCCCAGUCUCGUUCUCGAGCCAGGAAGUCCCGGUCCCGCUCCCGGACAAAGAAGUCUCGCUCUCGCUCCAGAACCAGGAAGUCCCACUCUCAUUCCCGAACCAGGAAGUCCCGCUCUCGUUCUCGAGGGAGGAAAUCCCACUCUCACUCCCGCACCAGGAAGUCCCCGUCUCGAAGCCGCUCUGCAAGCCGCAAGUCACAGUCUCGCUCUAAGAGUCGCUCCAAGGCCAAGUCUGAGCGCGACUCCCGCAGCGCCUCGAAGGAGCAGUCCGUCGAGAAGAAGUCCCGCAGUCACUCCCCUUCCCCCACCGAGAAUGGGAAGGGAGAGCUCCCCACGUCCACCUCCAGGUCCCCCUCCCCUCCAGCAGAUGGCUGCCGCUCCGAGUCCCCAUUCAAGCACUCUCCCUCCCGUUCCAAGUCCCGCUCCAAAUCCCGCUCCCGUUCUAGGUCAGCAUCUCAGGACUAAAAGGCGGGAUCAUUCCCUUCCGCAAAACAGGGGGGGCUUUUGUGAUUACACUGAUCGAUUGCAGCUCCAGGUGCUGGAGAUUUAGUCAGUCUCAAUGGACUUUAUUCAUGCAGCAGCCAUUUUGGACUGAAGACAAGGCUUGAUCUGCAGCCUGUUCUUCACUGUCUUGCCAGGCGCAUCUGUAGAGUGGGGAGGGGCUUGGAUAGGGGGUGCUCUCCUGCUCCACAAUGGUUAGGCCCAUGAAACACAUGCUGCAGAAGGAUGAGCAGUAUCUUCAUGUCUUACACCAAACAAGACCAGGAUUAGGAUUUUCAGAUUGCAAGAUUUUGUUUGGAAAGGAAUAUAAUUUACAUGUACAAAUUUACAUUUGUUCUUUGUAAAGACAGUAAUGUGUGAUGUAGUUAUAAUUGGUGAUAUUGAUUGGCAGUUGUGUUCCAUUGCUGUAAGUGAGAGUUGUGUCAACGUCACGUGUAAAAUGUGCUCACUUCCUGCUGGUUCUCUGUGUUGAGAGAAAGCACCGACCCCUGGUGGCUAACUUUGGUAAUUUACUUUUGGGAUUGAGGCAUCUUUGGGUUUGUGAAACCUUAUAUGGAAAAUAUACCAUGUUAUUUUACAUUAAUUACAGUUUACAUUAAUAUCCCUAAGCAAGAUGAGACACUUGAAAAAUCAACUUCAGUUUUGAGUGUACCAUCCAGUGUCAAAUUGUUCCCUUCCCACUGAAAGAACUUUUUUCAGUGCAUUUUCUUCAGUGGUGCACCGAAAUAUAUUAUCCAGCCAGGGGCUGCAUCUUUUGCAUGCAAACAUUCCUCAUUUUCAGUUCAACAUGGCUGACAGUGUGAAUAGUGUCCCUUCUUUUUUUUUUUCUUGGCACAAAACCUGUUUUGUACUGGUUAGAACAUCAUUAAUGGUUUAUACACGCAUUGUAAAAAUGACUGUGGAAUACCUGUGGAACUUCUCUUGAGCCAGUUUUGUAAUAUAGUAAAGUCCUUCCUGUUGGCUUUCUUUAGAAUGCUUAGUCUGACAUUUAUUUUCCUUUAUUUACCCCUUACUUAACUUGUGAGAAAUGUACCCAGCAGUUGAUGCUUGGUCAUGUGAUCCCUAUAGAAGUCUGUAUCGGUCUCUACAUCCAUAAUUCCCUGUGGUUGUAACCGAUGCCUCAGUGUAGUAGUGUGAAGUUAAUUUUUCAUUUUGAAUUUUCAUGCUGCCUUUUGGCUUUCUACUGGAAGGUUUCUGAAAGGAUAGUUGAGUUCUUCUUUACCCGCUGCGAGAACUGCUGAUUUCUUCAGGUGUGGUGGCUCCCCUUUUUUUUUAUUAUUUUUGGCCAAAGUGUAUA